AUGUCAACUCGAACCACAAACUUCUGUCCCGCCAUCACUCGGGUCAUUCAAAAGUCGAGGGUUAACAAGUGUGGCUGUACUGGUGGGUAUGUGCAGAGGAGAGGUUUAGUGUUGUCUGGGAGAGCUCUGAAGGACACUGGGCGGUUCACGGAGGAGGAUGAGGAGGAGGAGGAUGAAGAUGAGUUCCUCCCGGACGCGGAGGUGGAGGAGCUGUUCCAGGCGCACGGACCUCUGGGGGUCGGCCACAGUCACCACCGGGUCUUCAUAGUUCAGCCUGAUGUGAAGUGGGGGAGCAGGAAGCAGCAUCUGACCACGGCUGACCUGAUGGUGGCCGAGGCAGAGGGACUCAUAAACACUUUGGAAAACUGGCGAGUGGUGGAUAAGAUCAUCCUGUCGACCAAAACCCCAGAGAAGAAGAGGAUCUUUGGAAAAGGAAACUUCCAAGUCCUCUCUGAGAGAAUCAGACAAACUUCUGGAAUCACAGCUGUCUUUGUCAACGUCGAGCGUCUGUCUCCUGUUUCUGAGAGGGAGCUGCAGGAGGCCUGGGGACUCAAAGUCUUCGACAGAUACUCUGUUGUCCUCCAUAUCUUCCGAUGCAACGCUAAAACCAAAGAGGCCAAACUGCAGAUCUCUCUGGCAGAAAUCCCUCUGUUAAAGUCUCGACUGAAAAAUGAAAUGGUAAACUUGGAUCAGCAGGGAGGAGGAGCGAGGUACAUUGGGGGUUCAGGUGAGACUCUGUACGAGGUGCAGCAGCGGCUGUUGAAGGAGCGCGAGCUGAAGAUCCGCUCGGCUCUGGACAAACUGCGCAGGAAGAGGCACCUGCUGCGCUCCCAGAGGAAACACAAGGAGUUCCCUGUCGUGUCCGUGUUAGGAUACACAAACUGUGGAAAGACCACCCUGAUCAAAGCUCUGACCGGUGACUGUGGCCUGCAGCCGAGGAACCAACUGUUUGCAACUCUGGACGUGACGGUACACGCCGGGACGCUGCCGAGCCGCAUGAGCGUGCUGUACGUGGACACUAUCGGGUUCCUGUCGCAGCUGCCUCACCUGCUCAUUGACUCCUUCUCCGCCACUCUAGAGGACAUCAAGCACUCGGAUCUCCUUAUUCACGUUCGAGACAUCAGCCACCCAGAGACUGUGAACCAGAAAGCUAAUGUUCUGAAUGUGUUAAAGAACCUUCAAAUACCAGAUGCACUGAUGAGGUCCAUGGUGGAAGUCCACAAUAAAAUCGACCUCAUUGAAAACUACGAGGCGCCAGAACCCAGCGUUUUACCUGUAUCGGCCUUAGAAGAGCGAGGACUGACUGAGCUGAAGACGGUGGUGGAGGAGAAGAUUCUGAACGCGACUGGGAAACACAUCCUGAGUCUGAGAGUGGACCUCAGCACGGCUCAGCUCAGCUGGUUGUACAGAGAGGCAACGGUUCAGGACGUGGAGGUGAUCGCAGACGAAGGCUCGGCUCUGGUUCAGGUCAUCAUCUCUACUGCAGUUUACGGACGCUACAAGAAACUGUUCAGACAGAACAGAGAGUGA